GAAGGAACAGAUGUGCCAAGGCCCUGGGCCUCUCCCUGUGGUGCAAGUUCCAGGGAGACGCGCCCCCAGGUCUGUGCGCCCCUCCCCACCCGACCGGAAUCCGCAACCCGUUCCGGCGCUGCCCGAGGAGGAAGCUGAGUCCGGGGUCCGGGGCGCCCCGCCCACGGUUCCCGACGGGAAGCAGCCCCGCCCCUCCCGCUGCCUGCGGAUAAAGGCGGCCCGCGGCGGCCGGGCUGAGCGUCCCUUGCUGGCCCCGCGCUCCCUUCCCAACAUGUCCAGCCACUGCGGGCUGUCUGCCUGGGUCCUCCUCGCCCUCCUCGGAGUGGCUCAGAGUGCUGGAGGCCAGAUCAGCUGCCACUCCGUCGUGCCUCGGAGCGAGUGGAAGGCCUUGGCUUCUGACUGCACCGCGAGCCUGACCCUGCCCGUGCGCUACGUGGUGAUUUCGCACACGGCGGGCAGCACCUGCGACUCCCCCGCCUCCUGCGAGGAGCAGGCUCGGAACGUGCAGCGCUUUCACGUGCGCCAGCAGGGCUGGUGCGACGUGGGCUACAACUUCCUGAUUGGAGAAGACGGACAUGUCUAUGAGGGCCGGGGCUGGAACACCAAGGGUGCCCACUCAGGUCCUGACUGGAACUCCAAAUCCAUUGGCAUCACCUUCAUGGGCGACUACAUGGAGCGGGUGCCCCCAAAACGGGCUCUCCGGGCAGCUCAGAAUCUGUUGGCCUGUGGUGUGGCUCAGGGAGCUCUGAAAUCCAACUACGAGCUCAAAGGACACCGGGAUGUGCAGCAGACGGAGUCUCCAGGCGACCAGCUCUAUGAAAUCAUCCAGAGUUGGUCACAUUACCAUCAGUGAUGCCCUGCUUGCUGCCCACCCCCCACCCCUCCCUCAGCCAGAAGCCCCGCUGCCACCUCCUUCCCACUUCCUCC